AUGAUCAAAUCCACCCUAUUUAAAACGCCCCCAAUUCAAGACAAGAACCCCCCCCACACACGAAACUCAAAAAAGAAAAAAAAAAGAAAAAAACUAGCAAUGGCGACAAUAAUACUUCUCCUAUUUCUAACACCAUUGCCGUCCAUCUCCGGCUACUCCCACCCCUCAUGGUGCAGCCAAACCCCAAACCCCAAACCCUGCGAGUAUUUUCUCACACAAAACCCUAAAUACGACGUCUCCUCCAUACAUGGAAAGCCCGACUUCCUCAAGCUGUCGUCGCAGCUCGCCCUCGACCGCUGCACGCACGCGCAUAGUGGGCUCCACCGCCUCGGCCCCAAGUGCCGCUCCCGCCAGGAGAGGGCCGCGUGGGCCGACUGCGUGGGCCUCUACGAGAAAACCGUCCGUUUCCUCAACAAGACCGUGGACACCAACACCAAGCGCACCGCCGCCGACAUGCAGACGUGGCUGAGCGCGGCGCUCACCAAUCUGGAGACGUGCGUCGCCAGCUUCUCCGACUUCGGCAUCGAAGAUUAUUACAGUGUCUUUCCCGUAAUGUCGAACAACGUGAGUUUGUUGCUGAGCAACGCCCUAGCUUUGAACAGUGGUGGUUCCGAUGAUGGUUCUAUGUCGCCAGCGAGUGAUGGAGGAGGGUUUCCGAGGUGGGUUCGCCCCGGCGACAGGAGGCUGCUGCAGUCGUCCAGCCCGAGGGCGGAUGUGGUUGUGGCGCGGGACGGGUCGGGGAAUUUUAAGACGGUGGGGGCGGCGGUGGCGGAUGCGGCAAGGAAGCGGUCGGGGAGCGGGAGGUAUGUGAUCUAUGUGAAGGCGGGGACGUACGUGGAGAAUGUGGAAAUUGGGGAGGAUUUGGUGAAUGUUAUGUUGUUGGGUGACGGAAUUGGGAGGACUAUUAUCACCGGAAGUAGAAGCGUCGACGGCGGCUCCACCACCUUCAACUCGGCCACUGUUGCUGUUGAGGGAGACGGGUUCAUCGGCCGCGGCAUCACAUUCCGGAACACGGCGGGGCCAGGGAACCACCAGGCCGUGGCCCUGCGUUCGGGUUCGGACCUAUCUGUGUUUUAUCAGUGCAGCUUCGAAGGCUACCAAGACACCCUCUACGUCCACUCCCAACGCCAGUUCUACCGCGACUGCGACAUCUACGGCACAGUCGACUUCAUCUUCGGCAACGCCGCCGCCGUCUUGCAAAACUGCAACAUCUACCCGCGUGACCCGCCCAACAAGACCAACACCAUCACCGCGCAGGGCCGGACCGACCCGAACCAGAGCACAGGCAUCAUCAUACAAAACUCCCGGGUCACCGCCGCCCCAGACCUCCGACCCGUUCAGGGAUCCGUCCGGACCUAUCUGGGCCGCCCGUGGAAGGAGUACUCGCGGACGGUGUUCAUGAAGACCGAGCUCGAUAGCUUGAUCGACCCGGCUGGUUGGAUGCCGUGGAGCGGGAGCUUCGGUUUGAAUACCUUGUAUUAUGCGGAGUAUGCCAAUACGGGUCCCGGGUCGUCCACCGCGAAUCGGGUCAAUUGGGCGGGUUAUCACGUCAUCACCAGCGCAUCCGUCGCCGCACUGUUAGCGCCGGGGAAUUUCAUUGCCGCCAAUUCUUGGCUGCCGGCCACGAAUGUACCGUUUACUUCUGGGCUUUGAUUAUUCGGUUUCUUUUGUAUUCAAUUAGUUGUAGACUUUGUUUCUUAAUGGGUUACUUAUUACUUAUGCUUUAUUAAUGAAUGAAUUUAAGCAUACUUUCUAUUAUAAUAAA